AUGACGACAAUUCCGACGACGCUGCUUGCUACUGCUGACCAGGGUGAACACGACCGACAGUCCGCCCACGGUAGCCGCCAGCCCUCACCCACGCCAUCCGCCCGUUCGCACUCUAGUACGUCCACAUCGACUGUAGUAAGAAGACAACGACUCCUACAACUACAAUUGCAAGCCGCGGAAGAGCGCGCGUUGAUACAAACCAGACUCAUCGAAGAAAAACUUGCAUUAUCAGCACAAGCACUUGAAGAUGAAGAGAACCUCCUCAUGCUCAAUAGGACACAGUCACGCGAGUCCCUACGUCUGCCUACAACCUCAGGUAUGGUGUAUCAAAAUAAUAUUAGUAUGCCUCACGCUAUCUCGACGGCUAUCAAUACUGAUACACAGACACAGCCUGAAAUGAUGCCUGUACCACCACACAUUCCUACACGCAGACUAGAGAAUGACAACACAAACAUGUCUAAACUCCUAGCCAGGCAAAUAAGCGCAAAGGAGCUGCCCUUGUAUAGCGGUGAGCCUGAUGAGUGGCCGUUGUUCUAUAGGCAGUAUAUAUCGACAACACGGCUGUGUGGUUAUAGCGACGAUGAAAACAUCGAACGACUAGCGCGCUGCCUGAAGGGCCGUGCGCGUGACGCUGUAUCUGCGCUGUUGGUGAGUGCUACAAACCUAAAACUAAUAAUAGACACAUUGAAGUUACGAUUUGGCAGACCUGAAUUAAUCAUAGAAGUCAUGUUGAAUAAAAUAAGGCUCAUGCGUGAAGUCCGUCAUGACGACGUCAAUCAUUUAAUAGAAUAUGCGACUGCAAUUCAAAAUGUUGUAGCUACGAUGAAAAUGACAGAAGAGGUUGGACAUCUGACUAAUCCCACUUUAAUUCGAGAAAUAAUAAGUAAACUGCCGUCACUAUUGAAAUAUCAAUGGAGUAUGUAUAUAUCGAAUAAAAAUGUAAAUAUUGUAACUUUAUGUCAUGUAUCUGAGUGGCUCAUGACCGUAGCUAACGCCGCCACUUAUAUUGCUCCGCUGCCUAUAAGGACUGUAAAUAAUACUGUUGCGAAGCUGCCGACCAAGCCUGACCAUAGACCAUGGAGACCGGUGAUAGCUACAGUUUCAUCAUCAUCACCUACAUGUGUGCUCUGCAACGGUAAUCAUCGACUAAGUGAUUGUGAUGAUUUCAAACGGAUGACGAUAGACGACCGCUGGAAGUUGGUAACUGACAAAAAGUUAUGUUUCUCUUGUCUAUCUGUACGACACCAACUAAAAGCCUGUAAGAGAAAAAUUAAAUGCUCUGUUCCUGAAUGUGUCCGUGCUCAUCACACCUUGCUUCAUGCUGCCCCACGCGACGAGACUGAUGAUAGAGUAAUAUCCGUCAAUCAUGCCGAAACGACAGUGAACAACGACAGUCGAAGCUCGCGUGUAUUACUGAAGGUCGUGCCAGUCGUUGUAUCAGGUACAAAAGGUGACGUCACUACCUUCGCUCUCCUUGAUGAAGGCGCAUCUGUGAGCCUGGUUGAUGCUACUCUGCUCGAGAAGGCUGGCAUUACUGGUCCGACGACAAAUCUACACAUGCGUGGUGUGUCCGGAAUGUCAACCACAGAGACGGACUCAAAAAUAGUGUCAUUUAAUAUUCGCGGUUUGAAUGAAAAAAAUGUGUAUAGUGUAAAUAGUGUUCGUUCUAUAAAUAAUUUGAAUAUUGUAGUAGAUAGUAUUUCAUAUAAAAAUAUUGUAAAUAAAUUUCCUUAUGUGACUGACUAUGUGACAGACUAUGACAUACGACCUAGAAAGAUUGAGUUACUAAUUGGACAAGAUAAUAUUGAGUUAAUUAUUACUAGACAAAUAAUACAAGGACAUAAGAACGGACCUAUAAUAUCUAAGACGGACUUGGGUUAUGUUGUACAUGGGAACAUAGGACUUCGUAGUAUAGCGAAUGACAGAACUAUAUUACAUCUAUGCUCUUGUGACGAAUUACACGACCUCGUUAAGAGAUCUUUUUCCACAGAGUCUUUCGGCGUGAAGCAGACAGGUGACUUUCCUCGUUCUCGAGAGGAUCAGCUGGCGCUGAAGAUUAUGGAACAGACCACGAAACUCUUGCCUCAAGGACGAUGGGAGACCGGCCUACUCUGGAGGUCUGAUGACGUUCAGCUCCCGAAUAGCUACCCACAGGCGAAGAGUAGACUUAUAGGUAUCCAGAGAAAAUUUCGUAGGUAUCCUGAGCUUGCUGUCAAGUAUGAGGAGAAGAUCCAGGAGAAUGUUGAUAAAGGAUACAUCUCAAAAUUAACUCCUGAAGAGGCCUCGAUCCAGACCAAUAAGACAUGGUAUCUUCCUCACUUUGCCGUUUUUAAUCCUAAUAAGCCUAAUAAGUUGCGAAUUGUACUUGACUGUGCAGCUAAGUCUGACGGUAAGUCACUCAAUGACUUCUUAUUGAGUGGACCUGAUUUUUUAACAUCUUUGCCUGCUGUAUUAUUAGGGUUCCGUCUAGGCAAAUAUUGUGUAAUUGGUGACAUCCAAGAGAUGUUUCAUAGAGUACUUAUUAGGGAAGAUGACCGACAUGCCCAACGACUUCUCUGGAAUAAUGACGUUUAUGUCAUGAAUGUCAUGACUUUUGGACCUGUCUGUUCACCAUCAUCAGCUCAAUAUGUAAAAAAUUUGAAUGCUCGUAGAUAUGAGGCGACUCACCCAGAAGCUGUCAAAGCUAUUAUAGACCACCAUUACGUCGACGACUACAUCCACUCUUUUGACGAUGAGGAUGACUUGGUACGCGUAGUGGAUGAUGUAAUACGUAUACAUGCUGCAGGUGGCUUCAAUAUAAGGAAUUUUGUCUCUAGUUCUCAUACACUAUUGGAACACUUACCUUCAGACAAGCUAUCCCCGUGUAUCCUGAAGAUCCUCUCUGACUCCAAGGAUGAUCAGGUAGAACGUGUGCUUGGAGUGCGCUGGAACCAGGAUUCCGAUGAGUUUAUCUUUCUAUUGAAGCUUCCUAAGGUGAGCGAGGACAUUAAGUCAAGGGAGAAGAAACCAACCAAACGUGACAUAUUAAGAUUGACGAUGUCCAUUUUUGAUCCUUUAGGUUUCCUCUUAUAUGUGACAGUGAAGGGGCGAAUUCUCCUGCAAAAUAUCUGGAAAUCCAAAAUCAGCUGGGACGAUGAAAUCGAAUCGACUAGUUUCAAGGAAUGGCAGUUAUGGUUGUUGGAAUUACAAAAGGUCAGCGACUUUAGACUUCUUCGUUGGCUUUUUACUGACAUGUGUGACAAACAAGCUGACUUAGAACUUCACAUUUUUUGCGAUGCAAGCAGUAAGGCUUAUGCGAGCGUUGCAUAUCUACGCGUCAAGAUGUCAGAUGGUAGUUGGCAUGUAGCUUUCGUCUUGGCACGUGCUCACGUCGCACCACUCAAAGUAAUGAGCAUACCUCGUCUCGAGUUACAGGCUGCCUUGCUGGGUGCUAGACUAGCUCACACUUUGAAGCAACACUUUGAUGCAAGCAUAACACUUUGGUCUGACUCUAUGACUGUUCUGAGCUGGCUUCGUUCUGACAGCGGUCGUUUUAAGCCUUUCGUCGCCCAUCGUGUCAGCGAGAUCUCCGAGUUAACCGACGUUAAUCACUGGAGGUGGGUACCGUCAGGCCUAAAUGCAGCAGACGAUGCAACUAGAGAGACAGUUACCGAGGAUAAUACGAGAUGGUUAUAUGGACCACAGUUUCUCCGGGGAUCCAAGGAAUUCUGGCCGUCAGAAGAGACUGAAUUCAUUGUUGAUCCUGACGACGUUGAGGUGAAAACCAUCUUAGUUUUAACUGAAAUGCCCGUUAAUCUGCCUGACGUCAGCCGAUUCUCAAAGUUUUGGAGGCUAAUAAGAAGUACCGCGUGGUUCUACCGCGCUGUAUGUAACUGGAUUCACAAAGAUAACAGAAAACGAGGUGAAUUGACAGCGGACGAAGUUAAAGAAGCAGAGAAGGCGCUUAUUAAGGAUAGUCAAAGAAGAAUAUUUUCUGACGAUAUUAAAAAUAUUAAAAAAUGUGGACAAGUGGACAAAGAGAGUUUUCUAUGCCAAUUAACGCCAUUUCUGGAUGGAGACGCCAUUCUCCGCGUUGAUGGGAGGAUUCGCGAAGCGAAUGUUGGCAAUGACACUCGACACCCAAUCAUUUUGCAUCCAAAAGACAAAUUUACGCGUCUCAUCAUGCACUAG